AUGGCUAUCCAGGUGCUGUGCUGCGCUGUGGACGGCGCGCGGUGGCGUGUGGCUGGCCUUGUGGUUGCUGGCCUGGUUCCGGCGCCGCAGCAGCACAGUGGGGAGCAGCGAGCGUCUAGCGGCGCUUCUAGCUCGUCCUUGUCAAGGCGGUCGUCGGACGCUGGGCGGAGGCGCAAGACGUCAGCCGUGCGAGAGGGAUCGGCGCGAGGGCAGGGAACUGAAGAUGGAGAUGCGAUGCCGUCAGGUCGAGGCAGAUUGCGAGAAGCAGCAGUUCAAGACAAAAGACGCUGGGCACAGGCGAGCCGGGCAGACGAGGGCCGAAGCGAGUCGUGGCUAGGCGGUCGUCGUCGUCUCAACGGCCAAGGGCGGCUGCACGAGGCGAAGGGAGGGGGGGUGCUGUACGUUCUCAAGGGAGAGCAGCAGUGA